AUGAAAUGCAUACCCCAGCGUCAUCGAUGGCAGAGCUUGAUAUGUCUCGCCGUUUUUAGCAUCCUUGCCAUCUAUUCAUCUGGCUACUACCUCACUCGCAUUCCACGCCAUGGCCGUGACCGGACGAGUACGGACCAUCUCUCGAAAACAGAUCUGUCAAAUGCCACGGAGACAGCGGCUGCGUUUGUGCCAGGCGUGGUAGAGCCGGGUAAACAUUAUACACGCACGCUCGUUAUAGCGAGUCUCCAGGAGGAAGAUACCAGCUGGGCCCGCGAGCUCGCUCGUGAUGACAGGAGCUUGACGGCAGCAGUGUAUAUUGUUGACAAUCCCACCGCACCGCUCACUGUGCCCAGAAAUAAGGGCCAUGAGGUGAUGGUCUAUCUGACACACAUCAUCGAUCGAUAUGACAGCCUCAGCGACGUGUCUAUCUUCAUGCACGCUCAUUUGGUUACAUGGCAUAACAACGAUAUGCUAGACUCGAAUUCUGCAAACAUGGUGAAGCGGCUUCGAAGUGAGAAGGUGAUACGCGACGGCUACAUGAGCCUUCGCUGUCAUUGGGAACCGGGCUGUCCAGGUAACAUCCAUCCGACAAAAGGGGGUGACGACCUCGCGAACUUCCCCGAGGCGGCUGUGAUGGCGAAAUCAUGGCAACAGCUUUUCCCCGAGAGCCCAAUCCCAGAGGUGCUCUCGCAGCCAUGCUGUGGGCAAUUCGCUGUAAGCGCCGAUCGCAUACGUCGGAUACCGCGGGAGACUUAUAUAUUCUAUCGAGACUGGCUUCUCAACUCGCCCUUGCACGACAGAUUAUCUGGUCGAGUGUGGGAGUAUGUUUGGCAGUACGUCUUUGCAGGCGUUGAAGAACUUUGUCCGGAGGAACACGUCUGUUAUUGCGAGGGAUAUGGGAUAUGCUUUAACGGGAAACAUGAGUAUGAUUAUUAUUAUGAGAUGCGGUCUCUGGGGAUUGACAUUCAGCGUCAGGUUGAUGCCCUCAAAACAAACGGGACCGUCCACGAAGGGUCAGAACUGAAAGUCCAAGCCCUACAAACUAAAAUAUCACAUUUGUUGGGUGAGAUGGAUAAAAUAAAGUCAAGGGUGCUUGGUCAUUAA